AUGGACCGCUGGGACCCCAUCCAACUCACAUCCACAUUCAGACCAGUACUCGAACCACAGGAAGCCAUCCAAACAACCCAGGACCAGGUCGGACUCUACGACGGGCGCGUGAAAGCAGAGGAUUAUCCGAAUGGGACCGUCUACCUGACAAACUAUCGCAUCCUCUACAUCGAUGCCAAGGAUCCCGCACGAAAGUCCAUUGGACUCCCACUACGCCUGAUCAAUGGCAUCCAGCACUAUGGAGGAUUUAUGUCGUCGUCGCCAAAGAUCACAUUAGACCUAUACCCGCGUUCAGUCAACUCGGACCCCCAAUCAUCGACAGACUUUAUCUCAUCUCAUGGAGGAGGAGCAGGACUGGACCCAUCUGCUAUGGCAGCACUGACAAUCAAGACUGAGCCCUCCUGGGUCUGUACAAUCUGCUACAACAGCAACCAAGGGGGGCUCGUAAAGUGCACAGUCUGUGGCGUCAAGAAACCUCAGGGAUCACUGGAGACUCCCACCACGCCCGCCGCAAAUCCUUUUCACGUUGUCGAAUCAAUACCCUCUACCACUGUUAAUGACACUCCAGGAACGACAAACGAACAGCCAGGGAUCGCGUGUCCUGCAUGUACAUUCCACAACGACCCCUUUAUGAUCCACUGCGAGAUCUGUGGGACCCAACUCCAGGAUCAGGAUUCGAUAGCGUUUAUGCUGCAUCGUCAACAGCAGCAUCAGCGGUCUAUCAGUCAGCUACCCUCGACGCUUUCGCAGUCUUCUACCUCUCUGUCGACCACGCCGACCGCAUCGGAUACAACAGCCGGAAAAUUGUCGGCGCCGGGCAAGUUUAUGGCGGGAAUGUCUAAUUUCUAUGGUGGAUCAAAGUCAACACCAGAGGAUGCCAAUAGUGUCAAGUUGUCCUUUCGAGCUGGAGGCAAUGGAAGUUUUCAAACAUUGCUCAAGACCGCCAUGGGAAACAAAGCAUGGGAGAACAAGCCAAAGCCUCGACCUGUGGAGACCGCCAAGAAUCAGUCUUCAUCGGCAACCAUCGAGAAUGCACCAUCUUCACCCUCCAUCCAAGUCGGCGGUAUUAGUGGCAUUAUGAGGACAGUGGAAAGCAACAAAAAGGUAGCGGACGAAACACUCUCAGAAGCAUUCCGGGACUUGCAAGGGCUGAUGGACAAGGCAGCCGAGAUGGUAGCGCUCGCAGAGACCAUCUCCAACCGCCUGUCGAAAUCCAGCAACAUCAAUAAUGAAGAAACCGCGACUUUCAAGACCUAUCUCCUCAGCAUGGGUAUCGCCACCCCUGUCACCAAGGAUACAGCAGGAGCAGUAUUCCACAAGGAGCUGGCACGAGAGUUGGUCGAGUUCAUUUUACCUAUCGUUGAGCGAGAAGGAGGCACCAUGAGUUUGAUGGACAUUUACUGUGUCUUCAAUCGAGCCCGCGGCGUUGAACUGAUCUCGCCAAAGGAUCUGCACACGGCAUGCGAACUAUUUGAAGCACUAAACCUACCGCUACGCAUGCGGAAAUUCGACAGUGGCCUGCUAAUCAUCCAAACAUUGGCCCGGUACAGCGACGACGAGGUCUCGACGGCCAUUGCAACUCGUAUCCAGAACCUCCCAUCAGGCGCCGGGUUGACGGCUGUCGAGUUGGCGAGCGCUAUCCAGAUCAGUGUUGCCCUCGCCCAGGAACAGCUCUUGAUGACGGAGUCGCGUGGAUUGAUUUGUAGAGACGAAUCGGUUGAAGGGUUGCGGUUCUUUGAUAACCUAUUUACUCACUGGGAGAUUUAG